GUUACUCUCUGAUCCUGAAUGUUUGAGCAACCCGCAAGAGGGUAGGUGGAGUCUCGCAGUUUUUGAGCUCUGGACUAGGACAGACUACAGCUGUAGGAGAGCUCUUCUGCUGUUGUCUCUGCAAGGCUCAUGUUCCAGGACUUUAUCCCUUGAAAUCUGAGCACAUCCUGGGAGAUAUAUCCUACAAGCAGUUAAACAGAAACCCAUCUGCAACAUUUUCCACGGGAAGAAGUUUUUCAACAGUACGAUAAUGGAUCAGCACGAAUUUCAGACUGUGAUGCCGGACAAGCUGGAGGUGACCGGAGCUGGGGAGGAUGAGGCAGAUGCACCGAUCAGCGCCUUGACCAUCCUGGCUCUGCUGGAGCGUGUGGCUGGGAUCAUCGACAAUGUGCAGGCUUGUCAGCAGCGUAUGGAGGAACGGCAGCUGGAUCUGGAGAACUCCAUGAAGACUAUCCAGAUUGACAUACUCAAGCUGGCAAAGGAUCACGCCACCACCGGAACCACAGUGGAUAAGCUGCUGGAGAAGACCCGCAAGGUGAGCUCUAACGUUAAGGAUGUUCGGCAGCGUGUGGAGAAGCAGAAUACCCGCGUUAAAAAGGUGGAAGCCACGCAGGAGGAGCUAUUGACGAGGAACAAGUUUCGGGUAGUCAUCUACCAGGGGGAGACAGAGAUACCUUCCGUCGCUAUUACAAAAACUCCCAAGGGAGGCUCGGUGAGUAAUGCCAUUGAGCCUGAAACCAAUGACCCUCCUCCAGAUCUGUCUUCUGAUGAGGAAUAUGUGGUGGUUGAGGAGGCCGACUCCUCUACUGCAGCUCGGAUUAAGAAAUCAGGCAUGAGGCGCAUUGACAGUAUCAAGAAGGCCUUCUCGAAAGAGAACAUGAUGAAGACCAAGCAAAACCUGGGCACCAAAGUGAACCGCAUCAGCACCCGGAUAGUGACGCCAGAGCGCAGAGAGAAGAUCCAGCAGUCCAAGGAGAGGAUAAAGCAGUCAGGGGAAAGGAUGAAGCAAUCUGGGGAGAGGCUCAAGGAAUCCAUCUCCAAAGCAGCCCCCACCAAGGAGUCCUUUAAAUUCACCAUCAAGAAAGAUAAAGAGAGGACUGUAGCAGAAGGGCAGGAGGGAGCCCAGGGGGUGCUGGCAGAAGAAGCUGCCGCUGAGGCAGGGGCAUCCGCACAGCCCUCUAAAGCGAGCAGGAAGACAAGCCCAGAUGUCACCUACACUGAGGUGAUCACAGAGGUGAAGCAGGAAAGCAGCAUUACAGAGCUGGCAGCACCACACCAUGAAGAUGGCAAACUUAUCUACACUGAAACAAUCGUGGCUGCAGUUGAAGAUAACAAAGGGGAGCAGGCAGAGGCAGCAGUGAUGGAUAUGAAGCAACCAUCCUAAAUAUCCACCCUUUGGAAUGAAAUAGGCACCUCGCAUGAAUUGUAGAAGUUGAGAAAAGCUCAGAUUUGUGAUGUAUUACAUAAUGUGUUUUUUUUUUUUUUUUUUUUUUUUUUGCAUAUUGAACGUUCAGGGGCAUUAUGUCUCGAUUCAUAUUUUGAGGGGGUGGGGGUUCUUAGCUAUUUUGUAAGCUUGAAGGGUCAUGGGUAGAAGUACCCCUAUAGUUGCAGGCCAACAACAGUUAGCAGCCCGCAUAAAUAUCUGGUAUCCCAGAAAUCUAAAAUACAAACAGAAGCCCAGUAGAUUAUUCUGAAUGCUCUAUAAAUGAUAAAAUGUGGUUGUGGCAGGUAGUUUUUUGGGUGUUUCAUGAAGUCAAAGUAUUAGACUGCCAGAAGCUUUGUUGGUUUACCAAAAACAUCCAAGUGCCUCCAGUUGUUUUGCAAUAGCCUUAGGCUUGUGGGAAAUGUUGUCCUUGAGCAGCAGUGGCUAAAUUAGGUUUUGAAGAGGUUUAUAGCAUGGCAUCAAGUGUUAAGAUGAAAAGCAGGAAGUGAAGUGUGAAGAUGUGACUAUUCUAAAGAAUUUAGGCAGAGGCAGGUUUUUAACUUUUUUUUUCUAGCCUCAGUGUUACAUGGUACAAUAAACCACAAAUUUGUAAAAAUUAAACAGAUUCAAUAGAACUCAAUCAGCUGGUCUGUGAAGAGUAUCUUACAUGUAUUUUGAUGGGAAAGAAAAAAAAAACCUUGAUUAGGUGGAUUUAAUGAAAAACAAAGUAGAACAGGUUUGAUCCAUGUCUACAUGCAUACACAACAAAAAUAUAAAAUGUUCCUUAAUUAAGAAAAUGAAAAUGCUGAAUAAUUUGUAUAAAUAUUUUCAAGUGAAAUGUAAUCCUUAAACAUCUCAUUGUUCUGUGUGUGUAGACAAAUAUAGUUGUCUAGUUUUAAUAUUAUCAAGCUCAUGCUGCAUUCAUCACUCAGAGCUAUUUCGGGGCAGUUUAUGUCAAAAUAUAAAGGUACUGGUAAAUAGCAGUAGGGCUUAUUUGCUAGCUUUCCCUUUUUUUGUUUAACCUGUUUAUAUAGGACCCGCUUACUGUAAUAAAGAGUGAAGUUUUGCAUGAAUUUAAAAGAUAUUUAGCUCAAAUACUGUAUCUUUCCACCCAAGUGUAAAUGAUGUCAAAAAUCCUUGGUGAAUGAAUGGUGAACUCCUUUGCACCUAAAGUUUAUUUUGAAAAGCUAUAAUAUUUUCUUAAAAUUUGAAGGAACAUCAUGAUUUAAAACACAGUACUUUAAACAUGUUUGUGAUUCAUUUAAAUAUGUGCAUUUAAACUGGCAUGGGGUUUGUGACCAUGUCGUCAGCUCAUGUUAAUGUGACAUUUUCUGUAAUACUGGUAUUUGCUUAUGAUAGAGUACAAAAUAAAUUAAGAAACUUUAGUGGCAAAGUAGUUGAAAGAUUCAUUCCGAUAAAUUCAUUAUUUUUGUGUCUAUUAUGGAAAAAAAAGACAAAAUGGAAAUGCAAUAAAAAUAUAUACUUAUA